AUGAAGUGGUCGACUGUCCCCCUGUCAUUGUCCCUGCUCGGGCAGGCCGUCAAUGCCCUAACCCCCGCCGAAUGGCGUAGUCAGUCCAUCUAUUUUUUGCUCACGGAUCGAUUCGGUCGCGACGAUAGGUCCACAUCCGCACCUUGCGAUACUAACCAGCGGAUGUAUUGCGGUGGAACCUGGCAAGGUAUCAUCAAUCAGCUCGACUACAUCCAGGGAAUGGGCUUUACUGCCAUUUGGAUCACCCCCGUCACUGAGCAAUUCUACGAGAGCACUGGCGAUGGUAGUUCCUACCACGGCUACUGGCAGCAGAACAUUAAUGAGGUCAACCGCAAGCAUGGUACGAAGCAGGACCUCAAGAACCUGGCCGACGCUCUGCAUGCCCGUGGCAUGUACCUGAUGGUCGAUGUUGUUGCCAACCACAUGGGCUAUCGCGGAUCGGGACAAAACGUUGACUUCAACACUUUCCACCCCUUCAACAGGGCUGAGCACUACAACAGCUUCUGCACCAUCACGGAUUACAACAACCAGAACAGUGUUGAGAAGUGCUGGCUAGGCAGCAACACCGUUUCGCUGCCGGAUCUGGCCACCACCCACCCCUGGGUCAGAAGCACCUGGUAUGACUGGGUCCGGGACCUGGUCAAGGAUUACUCCAUCGACGGUCUGCGUAUCGACACCGUCAAGCACGUUGAGAAAGACUUCUGGCGUCCUUACAAUGACGCUGCUGGCGUCUACUGUGUGGGCGAGAUCUUCUCGGGUGAUCCAGGUUACACCUGCGACUACCAGAACCACAUGGAUGGUGUCCUGAACUACCCGAUCUACUACCCUCUCCUCAAUGCGUUCAAGUCCACCAGUGGCAGCAUGGGUGACUUGAGAAACAUGAUUGGCACAGUUUCCAACAAAUGCCGGGAUCCCACUCUGCUGGGCAACUUCAUUGAGAACCACGAUAACCCCCGCUUUGCCCACUACACCAAUGAUAUCUCCCAGGCCAAGAACGUUCUGACCUUCAUGUUCCUCACCGACGGUAUUCCCAUCGUCUACGCCGGUCAGGAGCAGCACUACGAUGGUGGCGAGGAUCCCCACAACCGUGAGGCCACCUGGUUUUCCGGCUACAACAAGAACGCCGAGCUUUACACCUGGAUUGCGAAGACCAACAAGAUCCGCAGCCUGGCAGUCUCCAAGGACUCUGGAUAUGUCACCGCACGCAACAACCCCUUCUACCACGACACCACCACCCUCGCCAUGCGCAAGGGUUCCCGCGAUGGCGCCCAGGUAAUUACCAUUGUCAGCAACAAGGGUGCCUCCGGCGACGGCUACACCAUGCAGCUGAGCGGACAUGGCUACGGAUCCGGCGCCACCGUCAUGGAGAUGUACACCUGCACUCCCCUCACUGUCGGCGGAAACGGCAUCAUCCCCGUUCCCAUGGUCUCCGGCCAGCCUCGCGUCCUCGUUCCCUCUUCCUGGGUCGCCGGCAGCGGUCUCUGCGGCAGCACUGGUCCCAGCACCACCACCACGCCCUCCACCACCACGACGCCCUCCACCACGACUGCCACCGAGCCUGGCACAACAUGCACUGCUGCCAGCACCCUCCCAGUCCAAUUCCAGGAGCGCGUCACCACCAACUACGGUGACAGCGUCUUCAUCGUCGGCUCCAUUCCCCAGCUCGGUGGCUGGGACGUGAAGAAGGCUGUUGCCCUGUCCGCCGAGAAGUACACUCCCGGCAACCCCGAGUGGCGCGCCACUAUCACUCUGCCCGUCGGAACCAAGUUCGAGUACAAGUUCAUCAAGAAGCAGAGCAACGGACAGAUUGUGUGGGAGAAUGACCCUAACCGCACGUACAAUGUGCCCAGCCAGUGCGCGGGAACGGUUGCGACCGCCUCUUCCAGCUGGAAAUGA